AUGAUUAAAGAUUCUAUACGAAAUGAUCUAUGUUUAUUAAUAUUAUUACCAGCUAAUAAUGCCGCAAGAAUAUAUUGUAAUCAAAUUGAAUCAUCUUCACUAUGUCAAGUACAAAUGAAUGAUGAUCAUAUUCAAAAAGGUUUAAUUUAUACAUGUAUUAAACAACAACCAAUAAAAAUAAAAAUGUUUGAAAAUUCAAAUAUUGAUUUGAUCAAAUCUGAUCAUAAUAUUCAAAAUAAUAAUUCAUUGAUUUCAAAAAAGAAAACAUCAUUAUGUUUAUUAAAUUCUUUAAAAAAUUUAUCUAUUGAUAAAACAAAUGAUAAAAUAUCAAGAGAUUUAAUUAAACAACGUCGUGUAAAAAUUAAUAAAAAAUAUCUUUUAUCAUCAUCAUCAUCUCCAAUAUCAAAUUCAGCUAUUUCACCACAUACAUUUAAUUUAUGGUAUAGUAAUAAGAAAAAGAAUAUUACCAAUGGAUAA